AUGGUUUCCUUCUCAAAAAAUAAAGUAUUAUCCGCUGCCGUUUUUGCCUCCGUACUUUUGUUAGAUAACAAUAAUUCCGAAUUUAAUAAUAACUUGUGUAGCAAAAAUGCAAAAGGACUUAAUUCAAAUAAGAGAUUAUUACAAGAAACUCAAGCACAUGUAGAUGAUAAUAAUAACGUUCAUGAACAUGAUCCUCUUCAUUCACAUCAUGCCCAUCAUGCAGCCUUUGCUCAUGAUGCAGCCUUUGCUCAUGAUGCAGCCUUUGUUCAUGAUGCAGCCGAUGCUCAUCAUGCUGCCAAUGCCCAUCAUGUAGCUGAUGCUCAUCAUGCUGCCAAUGCCCAUCAUGUAGCUGAUGCUCAUCAUG